GAUGAUGAAGUGUUUUGUUUUAUUGUUGGCAGUGGUCGGGGUUGUGGUAGCAGAAGAGUCCAUCCUAGUGGACUAUCAUGGCAGGGUGGGCAUUCCGAAGGCGAUGAUGAUGAAACAGGCGGAGGCAGCUACAGACUUUGAUGGGGCAAGAAUUGUGGGUGGAAGCACCGCUAACCUAGGAGAACAUCCUUAUAUGGUGGGUUUGUUAAUAAAUCUCCAGAGCGGCCACACAUCAGCCUGCGGUGCUUCUCUUGUGUCCAACACGCGUCUGCUGACCGCGGCCCAUUGUUGGACUACCCGCAACUACUGGGGCACGUCGCUCGUGGCUGUGCUUGGCUCCACUCGGCUGUUCUCGGGCGGUGUCCGCGUCAACUCCAACAACGUGCAAGUCCACUCCAGCUACAACAAUGCCAACCUCAACAACGACGUCGCUGUUAUCGUUAUCCCUCACGUCGCGUAUACCAAUUCAAUAGGUGCUAUUGUACUGCCCAGUGGUUUGUUGGAGCAUAUGACAUACGCAGGAGAGCGUGCCGUUACUGCUGGAUAUGGGCGAACAAGCGACACCGGAUCGUCUGAUGACCAGCUGCGUCAUGUGGCCCUGACCGUGAUCCAGAACUUUGAGUGCGCUAACAUCUACGGCACUUCUUCGGUCAUUAACUCCAACAUCUGUACCAGCGGAAUGGCGCGCCAGGGACCCUGCACCGGAGAUUCCGGUGGACCUCUAGUCUUUACUUUCAGCAACGUCAGAUAUUUGAUCGGUAUCACAUCGUUCGUGGCUGACCGUGGCUGUGAGGCCUUACUUCCCGCUGGAUACGCAAGGACCACGUCCUUCCUCGCCUGGAUCAGAGCUCGAUUGUAAUGCCAAGACAGAUAUACAAGAUACUCAUACAUUUAGCAUUAAAUUUUAACUAUAGUGUUAUGAUAAUAAAUAAGUUAAGAAAUAUCAA